AUGGCUUCUGACGCACCUCCAGAACCAACCACCACCGGCACCGAAGCCCCCAAUGGCAACGACCUGUAUUUAGAUGUCCUCAUUGUAGGAGCCGGAUUCAGCGGAAUCUACUGUCUGCAUGAAUUGAGAAAGCUAGGUCUUAAAGCAAUCAUCUUCGACGCUGCUUCGGACUUGGGAGGAACAUGGCAAUGGAAUCGCUACCCCGGGGCUCGCGUGGACUCUGAAGUGCCUGAGUACCAAUAUUCCAUCCCAGAAACAUGGGCCAACUGGAAUUGGUCCACCAACUAUCCAGCCUACGACGAGAUUCGGCGGUAUUUCGAGCAUGUCGAGAGUGUACUUGACGUCAAGAAGGAUUGCUUCUUUAAUACGGUUGUAGUAUCAGCCGAAUACGACCCUACUGCUGGAAGAUGGCAAGUUGGCACAGCCGAUGGUCGUCACGCAUCCGCGAAAUACUUCAUCGUCUCGACCGGAUUCGCCGCUAAGCGACACGUCCCUGAAUGGCCUGGUAUGGACACCUUCCGUGGAGAAGUCCACCACUCUGCCUCCUGGCCCGAAGACGGCGUCGACGUGCAAGGCAAGCGCUGCGCCGUGAUCGGCACCGGCGCGUCCGGCGUCCAACUCACUCAAGCCCUGGGACCUGUUGCAAGCUCUCUCAAGGUCUUCCAGCGUACACCCAAUCUGGCCAUUCCGAUGCGCAAGCGACCUCUCACAGUUGAAGAGCAAGAGCGCCUCAAGCAAUUGUACCCGGAGUUAUUCCGACUGCGAGAAACAUCCUUCGGAGGGUUCACCUACGACUUUAUCGAGCGAGGGGUAUUCGACGAGGAUGAGAAAGAGCGCGAAGCGUUCCUCGAGCAGCUCUGGGAGAAAGGCGGGUUCCGAUACUGGGUCGGCUCGUACAGUGACUAUUUCUUUGUGGCCAAAGCCAACAGGGUGAUUUACGAUUUCUGGGCACGCAAGGUGCGCGCUCGUAUCGACGACCCUGUGAAACGCGACCUGUUGGCCCCGUUAGAGCCACCACAUCCAUGGGGAGUUAAGCGGCCGAGUUUAGAACUCAGCUACUUCGACCAAUUCAAUCGUCCGAAUGUGGACAUCGUUGACGUGCGCAACAACCCCAUCGACUCGUUCACAGAAAAGGGCAUCCGUAUGGCCGACGGCACGGAGCACGAGUUCGACGUAAUCUGCGUCGCGACCGGGUUCGACGUGUCCACGGGUGGACUCACCAAUUUGGGCCUGCGCAGUACACAGGGCACCUAUCUUAAGGAUGAAUGGGCCGCGACAGUACACACGUACCUGGGACUUACUAUCCACGGCUACCCCAACCUCUUCUUCACAUAUGGACCACAGGCACCGACCGCGCUGUCUAAUGGACCGACUACGAUCGAGGUUCAAGGACGAUGGAUCGUCGAUGCGAUUCGCGCGAUGGAGCGGAGGGGGAUUAGAUCUGUUGAGCCGACCUUGUCAGCUAUGCAUGGUUGGAAGCAUCGGAUUGAGGAGUUGUCGAACCUGACGUUGUUGCCCACGACGCGGUCAACGUAUAUGGGGGGUACGUUCCCGGGGAAGCCGUUUGAGCAGUUGAAUUAUACGGGUGGGAUUCCGGGGUACAAGGGGGAGAUUAGGAGGGUGUUGCCGAGUUUUGAGGGGUUUAAGGUUGUGAUGCAGUAG